AUAGAAACACAAUUUACAUUCACUCCCCUCCCUCACCUUCACUUCACAACCCUCCUCCAUUCCAAUGGCGCCAUUGCUGUAAAAACCGCUCAACCACAAACCCUAAUUCUCCCUCACUAUCCACAAAGUCACAGUUCGAUCAAUGGAGGCUCAGGUAUCCGCCGGUUUGUUCGAUUACAAACAAGUGAAAUCUGAGGACGAAUCGCCUCUCGAAACUGUGUGGUCCGAAGAACACGAAUGUGUUCCGUUGAAGCAGCGGUUGAAAAUGUUGCGCGCUAAAGCUGUGUUGAAAAACCGAAAUGAAAUCCCAUCUCCAGUUAAUGAUGUUGUUAACAAAGAAGAUGAGGAUUUUAAUGAGGAUUUUGAUCAUGUUUCGUUGAAACAACGACAGAGAAUGUUGCUAUCAAGGGAACGUGUUCGGUCGAACAGGCCAGCAAUGGAGCAUAACUCAUCAGACCCGUCUACAAACCCGUCUUCUGAGGCUUUGAAACACGGGUCAUCAAAGGGUACCACUGCUGGUGCUCCUACAUGGACAUAUCAACAUGAAAACACUUCAGUAUCCAAAUCCCCAAACUUCAAAAACGUUUGUAAUGAAGCUAGGCAAUGUUCCUCUAGUAAAAAGCAUUUGUUGUCAAGUCCCUGUAAGGAUGACUGUACUACAGCUUUAAAACCGUUUCCAAAUGUUAAGGUUGAACCUUUAGACGGUGACUUUGAAUUUCCAAACUGUAGCAUAGGUAACCAAAUAUCUGUAAAGAGUGAAGCUGUAAGUAGUUCUGAAAGUUUGGAAGAUGUACUAGAUCACAUGAUGCUCGGAGAUAGAAUGAGAUUGCUGGCGUCGAGAAAAUUUUCGAAGACUAAUGUGUACGGGAGUUUUGAGACGGGCAAUGCGCAUAAGUCGAAGUUAUCCAAGUCUUCUAAGCCGUUUGUAAUUAAACGGCCACGCAAAAGGAGAAUAACCGCAACGGACUCGGUUGAAACAGCAUUAGAGGAAGAUGCACCUGGACUCCUAAAGGUGCUAAUUGCGAAAGGGGUUUUAGUUGAUGAAAUUAAACUUUAUGGAGCAAACGAGGACGAUGAAGCGUUGGAUGAAUCACUGAUCGAGGAGAGCUUUUCAGAUCUUGAAGAUGUAAUUACAAAGAUUUUCUCUCAACAGCAGUCAUUUUUAAAGUUUGCUCCACUAAGGUGUGGUGGUAGAGGAGAAAAAACUAGUUACUGCUUGGCUUGCCUUAUUUCACUUGUGGAGCAGGCACGUUACUUGCGUGUUAGAAAGUGGCCAGUUGAAUGGGGCUGGUGCCGAGACCUCCAGUCGUUCAUCUUUGUUUUUAACAAGCAUAACAGAAUAGUUCUGGAACGUCCCGAAUACGGAUACGCAACAUACUUUUUUGAACUGGUAGAUGCAUUACCUGUGCAUUGGCAGAUCAAACGAUUGAUCACUGCAAUGAAACUUACUAGUUGCACGAGGCUUACUCUAAUUGAGAAUAGAGCACUGACGGUUGGCGAUGAUCUGACAGAAGGUGAGGCGCGUGUGUUAAUGGAGUACGGGUGGAUACCAAACACUGGUUUAGGAACAAUGCUAAACUAUUGCGAUAGAGUUGUUCAUGACAGGAAGAGUGAGAUUGAGAGUGACGGUUCGGAGUGGCGGUCGAAAAUCGGCAAGAUACUUACCGAUGGUUACAACGGUGGAAUUAUCGUCCCAAAUGAUAUUCCAAAGAGGGUUAUAGAAUAUGGCCUCAGUCACACCCCUGAAAUCAAGUUGGAGUACUAGGUAGUUUUAGUUUUUUAACUUUGGUAAAGAAGCUGGUAAGAUUUUUUUUUUUUUUUGGGUCAUCAAUAACUUUUUUAGGUUUCAGCAUAGUUUAAUUACAUGGUUUCUAACUUUAUAUGUUAGAAAAACAAAUAUGAUCAAGUCUAAUUUGCUAAACAGGAUUUGGACAGUUUAGAACAGAAACUCGGCUCGUUUGAUUUGGGACAACCUUAAACUGAGGUUACUGGUUUGACCAAGGUUUUCGACUCUCACCAUCGGAGUUUAGCUAGAUUGUUUCGAGUAUGAGAAAUUUGAACUCAACUUCUAUAUUAGGGUAAAUUAGAUAGAUGGUAGAUAUCUGUGGUACCUUGAAGUUUCAUUUUACACCUAUGGAUUUGUCCCUAUCGUUUGGAUUU